AAUAGUUUAUAUAGAUCCCAAAAGUGAAAGUAACAGUGUAGUCGACUGUCGUCCUUUACUCAGAGUGUUAUUCUCGUGGUACUUUCGAGUGGAGAAGGCUGUAGGCGGGUGUGUAUAGACACUUAACCUAAAGAGGUGACAUAAAGGGAGUUUCCGAGUCUUUUGGGUGGACGUUGCAUUGAAAAAGGGGCGAAUUUACUACUUCGGUCAGUUGCCUAUUCUGCACGCCUGGAAGUGUCAGCGGUCAUAUCUACAGGGUUAAGUAAACAGCUGCUGUUUAUUGAAAGUACUCCGCAGAUGGUUUCUCAUUGAGACAACGUUGCUCAUCGAAUCGAAAGACCAAGAAGACAGAAGAAUUUUCUGGAAUUUAGACCCACAUUACAGUGCAAGCAGAGUUUAAGCAGAACCAUGGUCCAGUCUGAAUGCCGGCUCCUCAGGGGGCUGCUGGGUUUUAUUUGUCUAUUACCAGUCUGCAUGAGUGCAGGACCAGAUCUCUGUGUAUCUCUGAAUGCCAUACGGGACAAGCUAAAUGUAACCCUAAGGAGACGUUUUAUGAAAAUGAACUUUCCCAUUAACUAUACUAUUCAAGUGCACUAUGAAGAGGUAUUCAGACUACGUAACAUCAGCAGGCUGAAUAUGAGUAAUGAAGAGGAGCCACUGCAGCAGAGAGAUCUACAGGAUUUGUGGCUUUGGGUCAGUCAGCAGGGGAUAAAGAGGGUUUUAAGGGUGCUGCCAGAGAGACAUCCUACACGCAGUAAAUACCUCUCCAAUCUGGAGAAUCUCUUCAGACGUUUUGAGGAGCCUUAUAACGAAAAGAAUCCCAGAGAUGAAGAGAGAGUACUUCCAGAGAGAAUACAAAACAUCUGGGAUCACUUGACAGAUCAAUAUUACGAGGGAUGGAAGUCUGUUACACCCAAGUCAAUACUGGACAACUGUUAUCGGACCAUGCUUUGCCUGUUCAAAGAGUGCUUCUCAAAAGAAGACGACGACAAUUAUGAUUAUUGUAAAGUCCUCAACUGGAGGAGAGGGAAGAAAACUACAUAGCAGCAGAUCUAAACGGAUCUGAUCCUGUGUUUGCGUUGCUGGUGUAGGUGUAAAAGGGUGUUACCUGGGUUAUGUAGUGACACGCAGCAUGCUUGUGUGCCUCCUGUCCUAGUGAAGUCACUGACUGCCUCCAUCGGUGUUACCCAUAAGGGAAAAUGCAACGGCCAUCACACCAGUUGGAAGACACUCCACUAACCCUGCAGCUAUUGCUCUCCAUCAUUAAGAACAUGCAUACCUCCAUUCACCUGCCUGCCAACUUUUUUAGCUAGUAAACAAUCAUGUAUGCACUGUGUGUGUGCUCUGUGGAAGAGAGCAGCUUUGACUCUUCGCAGUAGCAUUUACUAUUGGUAAUUUCAAAAAAGUCUUUGCCACUGUGACUUAUAUUUCUGAGGAAAAUCCAUAUUUUGUCCUUCAUGUAUACCAAAACAGUAUAUUAUCAUUGCCAUGUUGUAAAUGUUCUUGGUAAGAUUUAGAUACGAUGUUUAAGUAACAUAAAGCUUCUUUUGUACACAUAUCAUUUGCAUGCAAAUGUUGUGCUGACUGCUGGCUUAGUUGGCAUUGUUGCUUUUACCCAGAGGCUCUUUACUUUGUGCUUUACUGCUGGUCAAAUGUUGAAAGAUUGCACCAAAGCAUUUCUAUAAAAAGGUUUUUUUUUAAGAUGAUCAAGAGGGUUUUAAUAUCAGGUUUGCAUAUGUUUUAUACACAGAUUUUAAUCUAGGUUAUUUAUUUGGAUUCUUGCCACAGAAUGUUCCGGUAACUUGUAACAUGGCUUGGAAAAUAAACCUCUCUCUAUCACC